AGUGCAGUGAAGUCUCCCACCCUAACCUCCUAAGUCAAAAGCGUUGUGUUGUUAGCAUAACAUAACUCAUUGGUUGUGUCACACUAACACAUACACACUCGGAUGAUGUUUGUGUUGGGUGUUUCUUCCUCCGCCGCAGCCGCUCCUGCUGCUGCCACCUCCUCCACUCACCACCUUCUUAGUGGAACCCUUCACUCUCCUUCUUCCCUCUCAACUUCCCAUCUAUUUCCCACAACUUCGGUGCGUUCAUCUUCACUGCACUUCAGGUGCGUUCCAAUCAAAGCCAUGGCUGAAGUUGAUACUAUAGCAGUGUCAAAAACUGCUUCUUCUUCUGCUCCGGGCAGCAAGCAAGCCUUGAUAUCAUUGUCAGACAAGAAGGAUCUUGCAUUUGUUGGGAAUGGGCUCCAGGAAUUAGGAUAUACUAUUGUUUCAACUGGAGGAACAGCUUCUGCAUUGGAGAGUGCUGGAGUAGCUGUUACUAAAGUUGAAAAGCUCACUAAGUUCCCUGAAAUGCUUGAUGGUCGUGUCAAAACUUUGCACCCUAACAUACAUGGGGGUAUCCUUGCCCGAAGGGACCAAAAACAUCACAUUGACGCCCUCAGUGCUCAUGGGAUUGGUACUUUUGAUGUUGUGGUAGUGAACCUGUACCCAUUUUACGAUAAAGUCACAUCAGCUGGAGGCGUUGAAUUUGAGGAUGGAAUUGAAAAUAUUGACAUCGGUGGUCCCGCCAUGAUUAGAGCUGCUGCAAAGAACCACAAGGAUGUUUUGGUAGUGGUUGAUACAGAAGACUACCCUGCCCUUCUGGAAUUUCUUAAAAGAAACCAGGAUGAUCAAAAGUUCAGGCUAAAGCUCGCAUGGAAAGCUUUUCAACAUGUUGCUUCCUAUGAUUCUGCAGUAUCUGAGUGGUUGUGGAAGCAGAGUGUGGGAGAUAAAUUCCCACCUAGCUUGACAGUGCCUCUUUCACUCAAAAGUUCUCUCCGUUAUGGUGAAAAUCCUCAUCAAAAAGCUGCAUUCUAUAUUGACAAAAGCAUUUCUGAGGUUAAUGCUGGUGGAAUUGCUACAGCCAUCCAACACCAUGGAAAGGAGAUGUCAUAUAAUAACUACUUGGAUGCUGAUGCUGCUUGGAACUGUGUAUGCGAGUUUAGGAACCCCACGUGUGUAGUGGUGAAGCAUACUAAUCCAUGUGGGGUAGCAUCGCGUGAUGAUAUUCUUGAAGCCUACAGACUAGCUGUUAAAGCUGAUCCCGUGAGUGCAUUUGGUGGAAUUGUAGCUUUCAAUGUGGAAAUUGACGAGGCACUUGCUAAAGAAAUUCGAGAAUUUAGAAGCCCCACAGAUGGGGAGACAAGGAUGUUUUAUGAAAUAGUGGUUGCGCCCAGCUAUACAGAGAAGGGACUUGAGAUUCUCUGUGGAAAGUCUAAGACUCUAAGGAUUCUUGAAGCGAAAAAGAAUGAAGCUGGAAAGCUUUCACUCAGACAAGUUGGUGGAGGAUGGUUAGCUCAGGAUUCAGAUGACUUAACCCCACAUGACAUCAAGUUCAACGUAGUCUCUGAGAAGGCUCCACAGGAUGAUGAGCUUCGUGAUGCAGAGUUUGCAUGGUUGUGUGUGAAGCAUGUCAAAAGCAAUGCUAUUGUGAUAGCUAAGAACAAUUGCAUGUUAGGUAUGGGAAGUGGGCAACCAAACCGUGUCGAGAGUUUGAGAAUAGCAAUGAGGAAAGCUGGAGAUGAUGUUAAAGGAGCAGCCUUGGUCAGUGAUGCCUUCUUCCCAUUUGCUUGGAAAGAUGCUGUGGAAGAAGCAUGUGAAAGCGGAAUUGGUGUUAUUGCAGAACCAGGUGGGAGUAUCAGAGACCAGGAUGCCAUAGACUGUUGUAACAAGUAUGGUGUUUCACUGCUCUUUACCAAUGUCAGGCACUUUAGGCACUGACUUAAUUUUUGCUUUGGAAUAACUUCCUGCCUCCAUUAUCCAAGCGGUGUUGCUGGAACUUGUGCUUCCAAUAGGUAGCACUGAAACCUGUUUUUGAAGUCAAGUGACUGUAUGAGUAAGGAUUGUUCUAUCCAAUUUAUAUAGAAAAAUAAAUUGAUGUUCUCCUACUUUCUAAUGUCUUAUGUACAUUAGAAUAAUGUGAUGGAAUCAUCUUUUGCAAUGAACAGAAUCAAAUUAGACAUUCUUGCUGCAACUAUUCAAUUA